GUCUUCGGUUUUUAUGCACCCAUUUUAGAGGGAAAUGAAUGACUCCCAGCUCCUUCCAACGAGAAGCUCGAAAGCUCGCCGGCCAUAAAGCUUGAAGAUUCUUUCCCCUGCAUUCCGGUUACCCUCCGGCGAAGAGCCAACUAAAAAACCAAACCGUUUCAAGAAUCUUUUCUUAGGCUAGUUUCUGAGAAAUAACUUCUUAGUGGAAGUUUGGAGAGCUUGGUGGACUACCCCUUCACUGUUAUGGAGAUGGGUUCCAUUUGGAUGAUCCUUGUAUGCUUACUGUUUGCUUUGAUGGCUCUGAGAAGGAUUCUACAGAGAGCUAAUUGGUGGUUCUAUGAAACCAAACUGGGUGAAAUUCAGUAUUCACUGCCUCCAGGUGAUUUGGGUUGGCCUUUCAUUGGCAAUAUGUGGUCAUUUCUCAGAGCUUUCAAAUCCACUGAUCCUGAUUCUUUCAUGAACUCCUUUACCACCAGAUAUGGACAUACUGGUAUUUACAAGGGCUUCAUGUUUGGGAGGCCCAGUGUGUUCGUGACGACACCUGAAACAUGCAAAAGAGUACUACUUGAUGAUGAUGCAUUUAAGCCCGGUUGGCCUAGCUCCACCAUGGAGCUCAUUGGAAAGAAAUCUUUCAUUGGUAUUUCUUAUGAAGAGCACAAGCGUCUUCGAAGGUUGACUGCGUCUCCUGUCAAUGGUCAUGAAGCUCUGUCCCUCUAUGUGAACUACAUUGAAGAAAUUGUGAUAUCUGCCUUGGAGAAAUGGGACACCAUGAGACAAAUUGAAUUCUUGACUGAACUCAGGAAACUUACUUUCAGGAUCAUAAUGUAUAUCUUUCUUAGCUCUGAGAGUGAGUCGGUCAUGGAGGCAUUGGAGAGGGAAUACACGGUACUUAACUAUGGGGUUAGAGCCAUGGCAAUCAAUCUUCCAGGAUUUGCUUACCACAAAGCACUCAGGGCUCGCAAAAACCUUGUGGCUUCAUUACAAUCUGUGGUAGAUGGACGCAGAAAUCAAAUGAAGGGUGGUAUUCCAUCAAAGAAGAAAGACAUGAUGGACGCUCUGAUGGAUGUUGAAGAUGAAAAUGGUAGAAAAUUGAGUGACGAAGAAAUAAUUGAUGUACUGUUGAUGUACUUGAAUGCAGGUCAUGAAUCUUCUGGCCAUAUCACAAUGUGGGCUACUAUUUUGCUUCAGGAGCACCCAGAAUUUCUUCAAAAAGCAAAGGAAGAGCAGUAUGAAAUCAUAAGAAGGAGGCCACCAACACAGAAGGGAUUGACACUUAAAGAAGUUCGAGACAUGCACUAUCUUUCUAAAGUGAUUGAUGAAACACUUCGUUUAAUAACGUUCUCACUUGUGGUAUUCCGAGAGGCAAAAGCAGAUGUCAAGGUGAAUGGAUAUGUCAUCCCCAAAGGUUGGAAAGUUCUUGUAUGGUUCAGAAGUGUUCACUUGGAUCCUGAAGUCUAUCCAAAUCCAAAGGAAUUCAAUCCUUCCCGGUGGGAUAAUCAUACAGCCAAAGUAGGAACCUUCCUUCCCUUCGGAGCAGGAAGCAGGAUGUGCCCUGGAAAUGAUUUAGCAAAGCUUGAGAUUUCCAUCUUUCUGCAUCAUUUUCUCCUUAAUUAUGAGCUCGAACGUCUCAAUCCCAGAUGUUCAUUAAUGUACUUACCUCAUUCAAGGCCAAAAGACAAUUGCUUGUCAAGAAUCAAGAAAAUUCCAUCCUCCCGCAUGAAGCAACAGAAAUAAACAGACAACAGGCAGUAAAGCCAUACAUACAAGACGAACCGACAUGGCAUGCACAAGGUUGGUUGGUAGUGUUGUUGUAUUCACACCAUGAAAUCUUUAAUAUCAGAAUGGUUUAGAGCCCUCUGAUCUAUUUCCAGCUGUUGCUUUAGCUGUUACAUAUGUGUAUGUAUGUGUGUGCGUGCGUGCGUUUGUUUUUGGGUUGUAUGCUUUUAGAAGGAUAGAGUGAUGAUUUUGACAAAGCACCAAACUUCACUUAUAAAGCACCAGAAAUUAUUGAGCACCGCAUUCAUUCAUUCCACUAUUAUGCUAAAAGUUUGCAUAAUCAACCGAAUUUUGUGGCUUUUGU